CUUGCAUCGUUGCGUUAUUGAUCCUGUACACUUUCCUACUUGUUCUAUAAAUUCUUUGAAAUUUGAGGAGACUUCACAGUGAAUGUGAAAUUGCAUAAAAAGUAAUUGUCAAGAAGGAAAAGCAACCAGGAGAUAACGGGGAAGUUUUUGUGUUAAAAGUUUGUUAGUUUGAGUGAAAAAAGAGACAAUGGAAGCAGGGCAUAUGAAAAUAAAGGAAGAAGUAUUAGAUAUGGAAGAAAAUGAAUUAAUGAUAAGUGAUGAAGAAUUCCAUCAGGAAUAUGAGAAUGAGGAAUUCAGAAGUAAUAAUGAACACAGAAAAGAAGCGGCAGUAGUUGAAGCUGCAAAUGAAAUUGAAAAAGGGGAAGAAAAUUUUGAGUUGAUAAUGAUAAAAGAAGAAUCAAUUCCAGAGUUGGAUGAACAGCCCCCGAAGUCAAUAGUCUUAAAGCAGAAAAAUAAUGCUAAGAAAGGUUACAAAAAAAAGAAGAAGAAUGCAAAAAAAUCAUUUGACUGUAGAUUUUGUGAUAAUAUUUUUAAUCGUCAAUCACAUCUAGUUGUACAUGAGAGGGUACACACGGGCGAGAAACCUUACAAAUGUGAAACCUGCAGUAAAGGCUUUACUCAGUCAGGCAGUUUGAAAAUUCAUCUAAGAACUCAUACGGGAGAAAGGCCUUUCAAAUGCGCAGAUUGUGCUAAAGACUUUGCUAAUCUCAGUAAUUUGAAAUCGCAUCUGAGAACUCAUACAGGAAGUAAGCCAAAGCCUUAUGUAUGUGAAGAAUGCGGGGUGAAGUUCUCUCGACGUGAUAGCUUGAAUAAUCAUAUGAGACUCCACACCGGCGAUAAACCAUACAAGUGUGACUUCUGCUCGAAGGAGUUCACCUUCCAGAAUGGUCUGGUUGUUCAUUUGAGAACACAUACUGGCGAGAAGCCCCAUAUAUGUGAAUUCUGUGAAAAACGUUUCACACAGACGAGCAGUUUGAAAAUCCAUCUGAGAACUCAUACGGGAGAAAGGCCUUACAAAUGUAAAGAUUGUACUAAAGACUUUAAUAAUUUGGGAAGUUUAAAAAAACAUCUGACAACUCAUACAGGAAGUAAGCCUCAUGUAUGUGAAGUAUGUGGGUUGCAGUUCACUCAACUUGGAAGCUUGAAUAAUCAUAUGAGACUCCACACCGGCGAUAAACCAUACAAGUGUAACUUCUGCUUGAAGGAGUUUACCUUCCUGAAUGGUCUAGUUGUUCAUUUGAGAACACAUACUGGCGAGAAGCCCCAUAUUUGUGAAAUCUGUGGAAAAGGUUUCACACAGACGAGCAGUUUGAAAAUUCACUUGAGAACCCAUACGGGUGAAAGACCCUACAAAUGUGGGAAUUGCACCAAAGAUUUUGCUAAUCUGAGUAAUUUGAAAUCGCAUAUGAGAACUCAUACAGGAAAUAGGCCUAAGCCUUAUGUAUGCGAAGUAUGUGGGGUGCAGUUCACUCAACUUGGAAGCUUGAAUAUUCAUAUGAGAAUCCACACCGGCGAUAAACCAUACAAGUGUAACUUUUGCUCGAAGGAGUUUUCCUUCCAGACUAGUCUGGUUGUUCAUUUGAGAACACAUACAGGCGAGAAGCCCCAUAUUUGUGAAAUCUGUGGAAAAGGUUUCACACAGACGAGCAGUUUGAAAAUUCAUCUGAGAACUCAUACGGGAGAAAGGCCUUUCAAAUGUGGAAAUUGUGCUAAAGACUUUGCUAAUUUGGGAAAUUUGAAAUCCCAUAUCAGAAGAAUACACACACUAUGAGUGUUUCACUGAUAAGGUUUGCUGUGGAAUAUUUGGAAAAGUAGGCUAUAUUAGAAGACCUUGCACAGAGGAAGAGUUAUAAAAGAUAAAACGCUCUUUAUGAAGAUUCCCAUAUUGAAUUGAUAACGCUGAUGAAUUUCAGAGCUAAAGCCAAAGUGGUGAGUUCUUCAAUACUGACCUAGUGGAACACCCAGCCUAGGCUAAAGCAAAGUGGUUGUCUCUGGGGUCGCGCUUAUAAGCUAUCGAAUAGAUAAGUUGAGAUUCAUACUACCUUUGGAAGGGUGAUCACUUACAGAGCCGAUUCCUAAUGAGUCUAAAAAUCGCUUCCUGGCCGUUCGGAAUCCACCUGAAGCUGUAUGUCCAUUCAUCUCUCAUCAUUACCCACGCACAAGACUGGACUGGAGCUCAUGUAGGCAUCAUGUUUUCAGCAAGAUGUGGAACUAGCUCAUGUGGGGGUUACCUUUGAGCAAGAAGUGGAACUAUACAUAUCAAGACUACUGACUUGGAGAAUGAAGAGACUUGGUGCUAUUAAAGGAGAUGCAGGCGACUGAUCUACGAGGGGGGGGAUUGUUGAUGCGGAUCAAUAUCAACCGCGACGUAGAUAACCCUGGUUGAAUCUAUAACUCAAACUAAAAUCUACUUGCGCUUUUGACUGACUGGGGCGUAUCUUUGUACUGGUAGAUAGAUGUUGCGUAGAAAAUCCAUUGAAGACAACACUCGACUAGAACAUUUACAACUGAAAAAUAGAUGAAUAUGGAAAAUGUAUAACGACAAAAAUCCCGAUUGGCUGAAAUUUGGACAAACUCCUGCAGCUGAACUCUGGGCUGAACAUUUCAACAAAAAUGCCAAGUAUAGAAACCUGAUCUACACAAAAUACUUGGAUAACCAAUUGGCAAUUUGUAAAGUGAAAUAUGGACUCCUGAAUGCAGAUUAAAUACUUGGCAUUGCACUCGAAAAGUUGAACCUUCCAUCAUGUGGAUCCAGAAUUAGCAAGGAGUAUAAUAGACGAUUGCAGCCAAACGUCAUUGGAGAUGGAUUGGAUGAGUCAUUGGAGAGCAUUCAUUGGAGUUGGAUUGGAGCAUUCAUUGGAGUUGGAUUGGAGCAUUCAUUGGAGUUGGAUUGGAGCAUUCAUUGGAGUUGGAUUGGAGCAUUCAUUGGAGUUGGAUCGGAGCAUUCAUUGGAGUUGGAUUUGCAGUUUCAGGACAAGACAAGGUGCCCAAAUCUGGAGAUGCAGGAGCCUAAGGUCUAUUUCGUUUAGAGUAAAAUAAUGUAUACUAGUGUUUUACACUUGUAGCCUAUUAGUCUUAGGCCCGGUUGCUCAACAGCCGGUUAAAUUUUAACCGUGAUUAAUUUCACAAGAACCAGAGAAGGCAUUUUUGAAAAGACG